CAUCGUCUCGCCUCGCCACAUCUAACGUUGGCUAACUGAACGUGUUAAUGCGAUGAACCGGGAAUUUAUUGACCAUGGCUAACCUACGGAUUUCGUUAGCCGUCGCGGUCGUCCAGGCUGUCCUGUACAAAAGCUCCGAGGCCCUUUGGUGUAAUUGCACCACUGCCCAGUGCGAGAAGACUGGCUCCCUGUGUGAGACUGAUGGAGCCUGCAUGGCUUCCACCUCCUUCAUUGACGGCCAAGAACAGCACAUCCGUAUCUGCAUCACACGGGACAAGCUCGUGCCCCCGGGUCAGCCGUUCUACUGCCUCGGUGCAGAGGGCUUGCUCAACAUCCACUGCUGCUACACUGACUAUUGCAACAGCAUUGACCUCAAAGUACCCUCAGUGACAUCUCCAUCAGGACUGGAGGGAGGCUACGGCCCAGAUGGGACAUGGGGGCUGGUGGAACUAGUUGCUGUGAUUGCAGGGCCGCUGUUCCUGCUGUGUCUGCUUUUGUUGGUGGGUGUGUUCCUGUAUCAGUACCACCAGAGGGCCUACAACCACAGGCAGAGGUUGGAGGUGGAGGACCCCUCCUGUGACCACCUCUACCCAGCCAAAGACAGGACCCUGCAGGACCUCAUUUACGAUCUGUCCACAUCUGGCUCAGGCUCAGGUCUGCCUCUGUUUGUCCAGCGGACCGUGGCCAGAACUAUUGUCCUGCAGGAGAUCAUUGGUAAGGGGCGUUUCGGGGAGGUGUGGCGAGGACGUUGGAGGGGUGGUGAUGUGGCAGUGAAGAUCUUCUCAUCCAGAGAAGAGCGCUCGUGGUUCCGAGAGGCUGAGAUCUAUCAGACUAUCAUGCUCCGUCAUGAGAACAUCCUGGGCUUUAUAGCUGCUGACAACAAAGAUAACGGCACAUGGACCCAGCUGUGGUUGGUGUCAGACUACCAUGAGCAUGGCUCUCUGUUUGACUAUCUGAACCGCUACUCUGUCACCACUGAAGGAAUGAUCAAACUGGCUCUGUCAGCUGCCAGCGGCCUUGCACAUCUGCACAUGGAGAUACUUGGAACACAAGGAAAGCCAGGCAUCGCCCACAGAGACCUGAAGUCCAAGAACAUCCUCGUGAAGAAGAACUGCACCUGUGCUAUUGCUGACCUGGGUCUGGCUGUCCGUCAUGACUCUGCCACUGACACAAUCGACAUCGCCCCCAAUCAAAGGGUGGGCACCAAGAGGUACAUGGCUCCAGAGGUUCUGGAUGAGACUAUCAACAUGAGACACUUUGACUCAUUCAAAUGUGCUGAUAUCUACGCAUUGGGGCUGGUCUACUGGGAGAUCGCACGCCGCUGUAACAGUGGAGGUAUCCAUGAAGAGUACCAGCUGCCCUACUAUGACCUGGUACCUUCUGAUCCUUCCAUAGAGGAGAUGAGGAAGGUGGUGUGUGACCAAAAGCUACGACCCAACAUCCCAAAUUGGUGGCAGAGCUAUGAGGCCUUGCGGGUCAUGGGUAAAAUCAUGAGGGAGUGUUGGUAUGCUAAUGGAGCUGCCCGCCUGACAGCCUUGCGAAUCAAAAAGACCCUGUCCCUGCUCAGCAUUCAAGAGGACAUUAAAGUCUGAGCGAAGUCAGCAGACCACUGAGAAAGAGCACUGAGCAGGACCCGGCUCCAGACUAUAGGACAGUUAGAGAAAAGGGUCCGGGCCCUUCUACAAAGAACGCACAGAGAAAGAGAAUGUGAUGGAGAGUGGCACAUUGUAAAAUAUUAGUCCAUCGACACUCCUGCCAGUUUUGAAGCCACUUGAUUUCCGACAAACCCUACCUCGCUUACCCAGCCAAACUACCAAGAACUCCUUUCCUGUCUUGUCCUCAGCUACUGCUGCCCUACCUGAACCUUUCUGUUCCACUCUACACAUACUAACAAGGAUCUUUGGAUUUCCUGUAUGAUGGUAUGCAGUCAAUAGCAGGAUAUGUAAUUAACCAGUUAACGUUUUAAAAAUCAGUUGCUGAUAUUUCAGUCUCUUUGAUCACUUUUGCCUAAUAGUUAACAAACAGCAUUCGCUCUUAUUGUCUUUGUAAGGGGGCAGGCUGGGAGGGUUAGGGGUGUUUUUAACUUAUUUUUACGUAUUCUGUUAUUUAAAUGGCUAGAUCUAAUGUAUGGGUGUUUGUGAGGCUACUGUGUAGGUUUCUCUAUGCUACACUUAUAGCACACAGGCACAUGACAAACUUCACAGAGAAUAGUCCAUCUAGCUCUGCUACAGCAGUGUGGUUUGGUUAAAUGCAGAUUUCCAUGUUAACAUGUACAGAACAGUUUGUGUAAGAGCAGCCCAUUGACUCAGUGAGGUUCUCUGAGACUUCAAAACCCUGGAGUAUUAGGGCACCUUGCCAAACAUGAUUUAGCCUUUGGACCACUUGCCUGGAGCCUUUCACAUAAGCUGUUGUAAACCUCAGGUUUUCUUUAUGCUUAGCAAUCAACAAGCUGUUUUCUCAGUUUAAAACCAGCUUAAGCAAAAUACACAUUUAGAAAAUUAUUAAAUAAAAAUGGAUUUCACGAGGAUGGAGGGUUCAACUUGUUGUAGAGCAACAGCUGCCAGUGGCUUGAUACUUCAGAUGACACACUCGCUGGCUUCAGAUCUGGACACUGACAUGCAAAAACACUACAUGUAGCAUGUUGCACAGUGGUAUAUGUAGUAUGUUUAUAUAAUAGUGUCCUAUUCUGAAUGCAGCCACUGUCAAUCAACCCGUAUAGUAUAACCUGCAAUGAGAGUGUACAUUGGCUCUAGUCCCUCAGAUAAGCUGUUAAACGCUAUAUUCAGAUCAACCAUUGCAGCAGCCGCCACUAUUUAAACUGUACAUUAAAUGUGAGGCAGAAAUUUAUAGUUUUCACUCACUUUUAAAAACACUAACUCGAGGAAUCUGAAUAAUAGUUUGUUUUAUGUGUAUUUUUUUCAUAUUGUCAAAGCAUGUCCAGUGUUCUUUUGCCGUCAGGGCUCAUUCACCCUGGAGUAUAACUACUGCACAUAAACUAGCUUUUUAAGGUGAAACUUGUGUAUAUAUGAGAGUUACAUUUGAUUGAUACCUGUCAUGUUUUAGAUGGUUGAAUCUUUUAUACCAGCUUUUUGGUUGGUGGGAAGAAAAUCCAAGACUUCUGUCCUGCUGUUUGUAAACAGAAAUAUGUACCAAUCUACCUUUUCACCUCUUAUGUAACAUUACUGUAUGCAUCAGAUACACUGCUUAUGCUGACGUUUUCCUUUAGCUCUCUGUUACUGCAGUGCAAUAUGUGAUUUUUUUUUUUUUCAGCGUUUCCCCUUGUGGCUCCUUUUGUUCACCAUGCAUUACCUCCUCAAUGUGCAAAUUGUAUGUGAUUUAUUUACUUUGUGCCGACAUUGUCAGAAAUCACUGUCUACAUUUUUUGUUUUCAGGAAAUAGAUGCACUUUUCCCGUUAGUUGUAUGCAAAUUCAACAGGUACUGUUUGUGUGUAUAGUCUUUCCCAUGUCAUUUACAGUAUAUGUGUAGGCUGCGAGUCCCUAUGAAAGCCUAAAAGGCCAAAUGUGCACUACUACUGACCUCACAGCAUUAAAACCAAAUUAUUCUCAGAAUCAUCUCUGGUCGUGGCCUACAGUCUUUAUUUAAGAUCACGCCACUGAAAAUGACAAUGUUUACAUAAAUCAUGCUAAUCUCUGUCGGACCAGAAAAAAUCUGACUUUUCUUUGGGUUUGUGGGAGAAGAAAUGUUGAAAAUUAAUACUACUGAAAUGACUCAAUGCUGUCUCUCAAAUGUAUCCAACCCGUACUUUUUAACUCACAAUCACUUGCUCACCUGCACUGUAUUGUUUAAGUCUUAUGGGAUGUUAGUAAGAAGAGACGGAUGGCACUCGAUACUGUUGUUGUUGGCUGGAAAGACUGGGAAGCUCUGCUGUUUAAUAGGUGGUUGAAUGUCAUUCAUACUUAUACACUAAAGAGGUAUGUUGUUGUAUCUGCCUUACAAUGUUAAAAAUGCAUAGUGUAUUUAAGGUUUUUAAUACCUUGCUCUAACAGUGGGGUGUGAGUGAAAGAAAUGAGGUAUUAUAUUACAGGUUGUGAUAAUUCCCAAGUCUCUGUCCAGUUAUGGCAAAGAGACAACUGCAUCCAUGUACAAAUCCCUUCAGGACUUCAAUCAUGUAUCUUCUAAUAGAGUAAUAAAUACAAGUGUUUUCCUA